CCCUGAAUUUCUGACAAUGAUGGCAAGAAAAAUGAAAGACACAGACAGUGAAGAAGAAAUUAGAGAAGCAUUCCGUGUGUUUGAUAAGGAUGGCAAUGGCUAUAUUAGUGCUGCAGAACUUCGCCAUGUGAUGACAAACCUUGGAGAGAAGUUAACAGAUGAAGAAGUUGAUGAAAUGAUCAGGGAAGCAGAUAUUGAUGGUGAUGGUCAAGUAAACUAUGAAGGUAAAUCUUUCAGUCUCACCACCUCAUUCUUUACUUUGAUUUUUAAGAUAAGAGGUGCUUGUUAGGUAACUAUCAAAGUUAGUGACCCUUCCCCCCAAAUUAGGAUGCUAAAACAGCUACUUAUAUUUAACCUUUUUAAAAUUCAGAGUGUUGUCUUCAGACUAGACAACAUUGCUCUGACCUGAGAACUUAAUUUACAAAUAUUUACUAUCAGGUUCUACUCCUACACCCAGCAUUUUAACCAGAUUCUUGGUUGAUUCAUAUGUAAAGUUUGAGAAACACUGUACAGUGUUUGUGUUGGAUUGUGGAACAGUGGAAAGCAAACUUAUUCUGAGUUUCCUAAAAUGAAAUUAAUGUGACUUUCUUUCCCCGCACUGUAUUAUCUUUUUUCUUUAAUUGGCUUUAGUCUGAAACUGAAGUUUACAUGUGCUUCAGAAGUAUCGUAUGUAUUAACUUUGAGAUGGCCAUAUCAUGAAGCAAGGCAAAUAGAAAUUGAAGGAUUUUCAGUAAAACUUUGUAUUUUUUUCAUGAUGUAACUGCUUAGAAAAGAGCAUAAAACUUAAUGUUAUAAAAAUUAAACCUAGCUCAUAGCACUGAAUUUACAUUAUUGUCUUGUAUUCCAGCAGACUUAAAAUUCAAGUCUAAACUAAGAUAGAGCCAAGAAUGCUCUUUUUAUAUUAGCUUAUCUAAAGCAUUAAUUUGGCUCUUACUAAUAAUCCUGAAUAGUUACGGUUAAUGAAGUUCCAACCUGGGGAAUAAACUCGCUUCCCUCUGUACUUAAUGGUAAUUCUGAGGAAAGAGAGGAAUGGAGAGAGUACUCAGUGAUUGAGUAAAUGUGAUUUUUUUUU